CACCGCUUUGCGCUCCCUUUGCGCGGGGCGGGUGGCGGGAACGCACUUUGAUUCCACGAAGAAGAUGCGAUGACUUGAAGGGAUUUUUACCAUGAGAGGAGCCACAAGACUCUGAGAGAUGUCAUCCGCACAGAGGUCCUUACUGGCCUCUUUAGAGUUCAUGCUGUUCCCUGUGUGGCGUGGACUGGGCGCUGGCCUGGGAGGCGCCUGGAGCCAAGGUUGGGGGCGCUGCCUGUUACGCUGGGAGCCCUCAGCCCGGUCAGAUGCCUCCCCGAUGCCUGCCCCCGACUACCCCGUUUGGCUGCUCAUCUGCCGCAGGGGCCGCGCUCGCCUCAGGGAGGUGUGCCUGCGGAGUGUCAGCGCCGUCGACUCGUCCGGCGCCGUGUUUGGUGUCAAACUGCCGCCGCUCUUUGACGUCCACCAGGUGCCUAAGGUGUUCCGCGAGGACAGCAUCUUGUCCGGCUACCGACACCCGCAGAGCUCGGCACUGGACUGCGUGCUCAGCAGCUUCCACAUCAACAACGAAACCGUCAACAUCUGGACGCACUUCCUUCCAACGUGGUACUUCGUGUGGAGGCUGGCCUCGCUGUGCUCCAGCAUGAACUUGACGAGCGACAGCUACACGUGGCCUCUGCUGGCGUACAUGUUGCUGGUGUGCGUGUACCCGUUCACCUCCUGUUGCGCGCACACUUUCAGCGCCAUGUCGUCAGAGUUGCGCCACAUCUGCUACUUCUUCGACUAUGGCGCGCUCAGCCUUUACAGCCUGGGCAGCGCGAUCUGCUACGGCUGCUACGUGAUACCCGACGGCUGGCUGAACGGUUGGCUGCAUCGGCACUUUGUGCCCAUCGCCGUGGGCAACAGCUUGUUGUGCACCAGCCUGUCCUGCUACUCACGGUUUGUGGAGGUCCAUUUCCCACAGAGAAGCAAAUUGCUGCGCACUGCCGCCUUCGUGGUGCCCUUCAUGUUUGACAGCUUGCCCGUCUUCUACCGGCUCCUCCUGUGCUGCGUCGGGCGAUGCAGCCCGAGCGAGGCUCUGCUCAGCCACUUUUAUCAGGUGACCUUGGCCUUUCUCACCUGCUUCCUGUUCACCUCACACCUGCCCGAGAGGUUGGCGCCAGGACGUUUCGACUACUUUGGUCACAGCCAUCAGCUGUUCCAUGUGUGCGCUGUAAUAGCAACACACUUCCAGAUGGAGGCGGUGUUGUGCGACAUGACGUCACGGCGGGCGCUGCUGGAGGCGGCGGGGCCGGCGCCCUCCCUGCCCGGCACGGCCGGCGUGCUGGCACUCGGUGUGGCCCUCAACCUGGGCGUCAUCGCGCUCUUCAGCGCACCGCUGCUCAGACGUGCGCCAUGGCAACCGCCGCGACGGCAACAAGCGCCGGGUGACGGCAAGGACCAGUGAGUGUGUUGACUCAAUGAGGACACGUUUCGAUUGUUAUUAUUAGUACUCUGACCUCAGACGACCACGUCACGCCGGUUAAUUUGUCCACAGGGACAAUUUCUGUGCUAUUUCAUUUAUUUAUUCUAAGUUUCCAGGUGGCGCUAGUGAGCAAUUUUUGGGAGAGCGGGGCGUUGUCUGUAUUCAUCGCCAACACAAUGCGGCCUCGCAUUGACCUUAGAUUUUGUAUUCUAAACUUUUUGCACUGAAUUUUGGCCAAAGAUUUUGAAGAAUUUAACAAGAUUUUCAAACUUUUACGGACUACCUUGAAAUCAAAUACUUGCAUUUUAACUAGUAAGUGAAAUUGUUAAUGCUUCUUUUGCCAGAAAAUAUGAAGCAAACAUCUGUCUUUUUUUUGGGGGGGGGGGGAAUUUUUGGUCAAAUCUUAUUUGGGAUUUUUACGACAUUUAGCCAUCACAAUCUAAAUAUAUAUAUAUAUGUGUGUGUGUGUGCUUUCACGUUCAAUUAUUUGUUCUUACAUUUGAAUUUGGAUUUCUGAGACCUUUAACCAGAAAGAAGGCAUUUUUGGAGAAAAAGCAGAUGGCGAUGACUAAGUGUGGCAGGAAAAGAAGGAAGCACUUUUAUUUCGAAAGCUUUUGGGACUGAGAAGUUUUUACAGGAGCAAUUUGGCAACAUUUUGUCAGUGGCAAAAACGCAAAUGGCGCCCAAAAUAAGCCAUUUGACAAAAAACGUUUUUCAGCGUGUGUACUGUCAAUCAAGAAGAUGCGUUUGGCCCGUAAUUUACAUUGAUGGGUGUUUCAGUUGAGGUCAGAGGUCGUUACAGGGGUUUCUGCCAUCCGGCCGCAUCUUGACUACUUGUUGACAGUGAGCCAAUGCUCCAGAUGUUUUCUUUGAAAAACAUUUUUCUAUCGUUUGUGAGAAGGUGAAAAGCACGUGACUCGAGGACUGCGGGGGCAGCGGCACACGUUGGGCCGAGGGCGUGCGUGAGCACAACGCACGUGCACGCGCACACUCUUCAAUUCAUAUUAAUUUUGCAUCUGAUUUGUAACGUACAAAAGCAUUUUGCUGCAAAACCAGGAAAAUUAAAUGAUUCCGUAUUACAUAAUAUGCUAAAUCUCACUUGUUAACUUUGAAUUCACAUUUUAACAUGCGUUUCAGAUUUUUAUGUGUUAAGUUUCAUAUUGAGCGGCAACGGUGGGCGAGUAGUUAGCACGUCCGCCUCACAGUGCAGAGGUGUAGGGUUCGAUUCCAACUCCGGCCUUCCUGUGUACUUCCUUGUACUCAGGUUUCCUCCCACAUUCCAAAAACAUCCACGACAGAUGACUGGAACAUUAUAAAUUGCCCUUAUGCAAACAGUAAAGAUGUUUAAAAUGCAAAUCUGUUUUUUUUUCCUGUUAAUGGUGGUCCACCAGCUUGGUAAAAGAAGGAAAACUGAGCAAACUUUUCAAAAUAAAAUCCAAAAAGUCCCCAUAAAUGUUCAAUAUGUAUGUCUGAAUAUUUGCUGUAGUUAUAUAGUACACACACACACACACACACACGUUGGAUACAUUUAUUGCCAAUACUCCUGACUGGACCACUGUUAACUUGUCGGUACCGUUAUACAUUUUCGUCCUAAAUAUAAUUAAUGUAUUCAUCGUGGGAUGUUUGACUGGAAGGAACCGUCAAAAAAAGGGUGCUUUAUCAUGUUUUAUAUGAUCAGAAAAAAAUUGAAUGUACAAAUAAAUACUAAUAUGUGCUUUGUAUACUGUCAUUGUUCCACUAGAUUUGUGUAAUAAAUGCAACUUUAAAAAAAAAAAAA